UUUUUUUGGAAAAAAAAAAAAAAAAUCACAGCGUGAUAGCUUAUUAAAAAAAAAGGCUUUUCAGCUUUUGUCUUUUCUUUUUCUUCUUUUCGUUAGUUUCAAUCAGACAAAAAUGUUCACCGAAAACAAGACUCAAUCUCCUGUUCAACUUCCUAUGCAAUGGAUUGCUGGUAUGAAUGUCGAUGUCGAGCCCAAGGCUGCUCGUAAGACCUCCAUCAUCUGUACCAUUGGUCCCAAGACCAACAGCGUCGAAAAGCUCACUCAAUUGAUUGAUGCCGGUAUGAACGUUGUCCGUAUGAACUUCUCUCACGGUUCUUACGAAUACCACAAGUCUGUCCUUGACAACGCCCGUGCUGCUGCUGCUGCUCGUCCCGACAGAGUUCUUGCUAUUGCUCUCGAUACCAAGGGUCCUGAGAUCCGUACUGGUAAGAUGAAGGAUGAUGUCGAAGUCCCCAUCAAGAAGGGUCACGUUUUGAACAUCACCACUGAUGACAAGUACAAGGAAGCUUGUGAUGGUGACAACAUGUACGUUGACUACAAGAACCUCCCCAAGGUUAUGGAAGUCGGUAAGAACAUCUACGUUGAUGAUGGUAUCCUUACCUUCAAGGUCGUCGAAAUCCACGACAACUACGUUCGUGCUGAAGCCCAAAACGACGGUAAGAUCUGUUCCACCAAGGGUGUCAAUCUCCCCAAGACCAACGUCGAUCUUCCCGCUCUCUCUGAAAAGGAUAAGGCCGAUCUUACCUUCGGUGUUGAAAACGGUGUUGAUAUGAUCUUUGCCUCUUUCAUCCGUCGUGCUCAAGAUGUCAAGGAUAUCCGUCGUGUCCUCGGUGACAAGGGUAAGAACGUCAAGAUCAUCUGUAAGAUUGAAAACCACCAAGGUAUUGAAAACUUUGAUGAAAUCCUCGCUGAAACUGACGGUAUUAUGAUUGCCCGUGGUGAUAUGGGUAUUGAAAUUCCUUGCGAACGUGUCUUUGUCGCCCAAAAGAUGAUGAUCGCCAAGUGUAACUUGAUUGGUAAGCCCGUUGCUUGUGCCACUCAAAUGCUCGAAUCCAUGACCUACAACCCUCGUCCCACUCGUGCCGAAGUCUCUGAUGUCGCCAACGCUGUUCUCGAUGGUGCUGAUCUUGUCAUGCUUUCCGGUGAAACUGCCAAGGGUAACUACCCCAUUGAAGCCGUCACCACCAUGGCCGCCACCUGUCGUCUCGCUGAAGCCGUCAUCUGCCACGCUCCUCUCCAAAGCCAAAUCCGCUCUUUGACUGCUUGCCCCACCGACACCACCGAAACCACCGCUUGUGCUGCCGUCUCUGCUGCUGCCGAACAAAACGCUGGUGCCAUCAUUGUCCUCUCCAAGUCUGGUCACUCUGCUCGUCUCUGCUCCAAGUACAGACCCUCUCAACCCAUCAUCCUUGUCACCCGCGAAGAACAAACUGCCCGUCAAUCUCACCUCCACCGUGGUGUUUUCCCCUUCGUCUACAAGGGUGAAGUCUCCAGCAAGUGGGACGAAGAUGUUGAAUCUCGCAUCAAGUGGGGUAUUCAACAAGGUAAGGAAGCUGGUCUCAUCAAGUCUAACGACCCUAUCGUCAUCGUCCAAGGAUGGAAGGGUGGUCUUGGUAACACCAACACUGUCCGUAUCUUGAUUGCUCCUUAAAUUUAGCAAUUCAACAUUGUAUCAUUUUUCUGUCUUUCAUAUAUUCAUGUCAUUAAUAGAUUAUAAUUAACUUAAUAAAAUCAUAACUGUGCAUAUUUUUCAUGAUCUAUAUAUACAAAGGGGUUUGUUUUCUUUGUCAUUAUUGUUUCUGGAUGAAUCAACGUGGUAUAAUCUCAUUUUAGCUUCAUUUAUAAAGAUAAAAUUUCUACAUUUACAGAAUAUGUGUUCCAUUUGUUUCAUGGAUGAGGAUCUGUGUUGUGUGUAGUACCCACAUUCCAUAUUGAUGAGUAUACACUAUUUUAUUUAAAUAAGCCCCUUUUUGUACAAAGAAAGGCAAGAAAGUGGGUGAGCUUUAGAGUUGUACCUAUUUUACAUUAAUAACAACAUGUAUUCUAAUAAAAAAAAAAAAAAAAAGUGAAUCUUGAGUCACUUUUCUACAAAAAUCUAUUU